AUGCCAUCUUCAAAAUCGACAUUUUCAACAAUGACGUCGCAUUCAACUUCAUCGAUUUUAAAUAACCAUCCACAUCCACAAUUGCAUAAUCAUGCUUUAAAUAAUAAUAUAACAAAUUUUCAUUCAACAAUAAUUAAGAAAAAAGAUAUUAUUAAUAAUGAACCAAAUUUAUUAUCAAGAAGUAAUACGAUUUCUUCGCCAUCUCCUUCUUCUGCAACUUCACCUUCAACAGCAGUAUCAUCAUCAAUGUCAUCACCUACUACGAAUCCAAGUACAAUUAAAGAAAUAAUUAUAAACUCAAAUGAAAUUAAUAAUAAUAAUCAAAUUAAUAACGGUGGAACAAAAUCAUCCUCAAAUACUGCAACAAAAAUAGAAGAAGUAAAAUUAGUUAAUUAUUCAAAUACAAUCGCUCCAAACAGUGCUGGUAAGAAUCCUUCUUCAUGGGAUCCACAAGAUGAUUUAUUAUUACGUCAUCUAAAAGAAAUUAAAAAACUUGGUUGGAAAGAUAUUUCUCAAUUUUUUAAUAAUAGAACACCCAAUGCCUGCCAAUUUAGAUGGAGAAGAUUAAAAUCUGGGAAUUUGAAAUCUAAUAAAACUGCUUUAGUUGAUGUUACUGAUUAUACAGCAGUAAUUAAAGCUUUAAAUGAAGGGAAAUUAAAUGAAUACAAACUAAUGGAAGUUCCAGAAACCGUUAAUCAUGAACCAAAACAAAGACAGAUAAAUAUCAAUGAGAGUAAUGAUAAUGAUAUGAUUUCUCCAAAGAAAAAAAAUGAAGAGAUUAAGUUUUCUACAUUAACUAAUAAAGAUAAUAAUUAUCAACAAAUUGUAACUACAAAGAAUGUAUCCCCUUCUAAAGAAGUGUAUGCCUCGAAGUUUAUUUCUAGUAGUAAUUUAUCAUUCUCUCCAAAUGAUAAUAUAGUCAACACUCAAGAUAAAAAUCAAAAUAUUGGUAAUAAUAAUUUCGGUAAUGAUUCGCUUGCUAAGCAAUUUAAACCCCAAGGCCAAGGUAAACUUCAUCCGAUUGAGCAACUGAAGACUCAUAGUAAUAUUCCCUCAUCACAUUCUACCACCAACAGUAAGAAAUUUAUUAAACCAAGAUCGUUUUCUCAUUCUGUAACAAGACCUAAACUUCCAGCUAAUAUGAGAAGUUCUGUAACAAGUUUUAAUAAUGGUGUUUUCAAUGGCGGUCCUUCGGCUUCCAAUGAAGAAGAAAAUGUUGGUUUUAUUCCGAAGAUUAUUGUGAGAUCAAGACGUAGUUCUUUGGCUGUACCUGUUUUACAACAAAGUCAAAUAGCUAAUCAACCCCAAUCUCAUCAAAACUCAAAUUUACUGUCUCCUUCAGCAUCAUAUUCAAACAUUGCAAAUGCGCUAAAUACUACUCUAGUCACAUCGAAAUCAAGAAAAAAUUCAAUAUCGCAUAUGUCUAGAAGAUCGUCAUUCAAUGUUACAAGCGGAACUUCAUCAAGAAAACAAUCAAUUAUAUCAGCAGCUGUUUCAAACUCAAUUUCAAAUCAAUUUCCUUUAGCUACCCACACUAAUGGUGAUGUUCAUUUAAACGUGCAAUCAAUGAAACAGAGGAAAGAUUCAGCACAUAGAAAAGAUUUUCAUGGUAUUGGCGCCAUCACGUCAAAACCAGAACACAGUUUUCCAUCUACGUACGGGUUUGUUGAUACACCAUCUUCUAAUGUGCGUCACGAAUCGUCAGCUACAGGAGGAAAUAUCCAUUAUGCUUCUAAAGACGGUAGCCCAUCUCCUUGCGAAUGGACAAGUCAGGAAGAUGCUAUAUUAUUGGAAUGUUAUGGAAGAAAUUUAUCUUGUAAAGAAAUGUCAAUUUUAUUAAAUAAUAAAUCUGAAAAUGAAACUCAAUGGAGGUUAGAUUACCUUAAGGCUCAAGGAACAGAAAAUAAAGGGCAGUCACCUGAAAACGAAAACGUAGAUCCGUUACAUAUAGGUAAUGUUUCGAACCAAUAUACAGGAAUGCAGGUAGACAAUAAGGACGAAGUCAAACAGCACUCAAAUACCCAUUUACCUAGUAUAAAUAACAUACUUAAUAACACAAAUUAA